CAAAAACCAUUAUAAAAACGGAGAGUGAGAGGUGUGAAAGAUUUAUUAUCUCAAUACAUCACAAGAGAGAACAAAGAAACAAACAAAAACCAAAAAAGAAAAAUUUAAAAAUUUCCCAGGUUGUUUCGUCUUCUUCAAUGGCGUCAAGGAAGAGCUACCACGCAAAACCUAAUUAUAUUUACCAGGCGUCGUCAGAUUCAAUGGCCUCCGACGCUCUCUUCGAAUUCGACGAGUCGGAGAUUUGGAGUAAUACGAGUUCCAACCAAGUCGCACCGUCGUCGCUGGAGGCGAAGAAGUGGAUUCCGGCGGCGAGGGAGCCGAAGAAAUUGGGGAUGAUGAGGAAGAUCUCCACGGCGGCGGCGCCGAUGGCGUCGGCGUCGUUGCCGGUAAACAUACCGGACUGGUCGAAGAUUCUCAAGGACGAUUACAAGGAUCACCGCAAGAUCGACGACGGAGAUGACGGCGGCGACGGCGGAAAUGGUGAUCUCGGCGAUCGGAUUCCGCCUCACGAGUAUCUGGCGAGGACUCGAGGCGCGUCUCUCUCCGUCCACGAAGGCGUCGGGAGGACUCUCAAGGGUAGGGAUUUGCGCCGCGUGAGAAAUGCGAUAUGGAAAAAAGUCGGUUUCGAGGAUUAGCAGAGAAAAGUACAGAGAGGGAGAGAAAAUAUAUAUUUAUAGUACAUAUAUAAACAUAUAUUAUAACACAGACAGAUUUUGCAGAUGGAAAAUUUUGGUAGUGGUAGGAAAACCGGAGAAGGACUUGAUUAUGAUGAAUAGUUUCUCUCUCCUUUCUCUUCCCUCCAUCUUCUGGUUGUUCUUCACCAGAAGUCCAGAAGGUUUUUUCUCUAAAAUGCUAAUUUAUGCGUUUUGUUUAUUAUUAUUUUUUUUGUAGUUUUUGAAUAUUGUUGUUGAUAUCGUUUUGGGUGUCUGAGUUUUAUGGAA